AUGUGUGUGUAUCUUUAUCAGGUUCUUUACAACCAGAAGCUUACUGUUCCCGGUUCCUUCAAAGCGAAGAAUGGAGGCUCUGCUGUGGCUUGCAGUUACAAGGCAUCCGUUGGUCUCCUCUACCCUCUGGAAAGGGGCUUCAUAUUUGUUCCACGUCCGCCGGUGUCAAUUCGGUUUGACGAAAUCAUUAGUGUGAACUUUUCUAGAGGCACCGGUGCUCUUCGGUCGUUUGAUUUCGAGGCAAGUCUUCUAUCACUUUCUAUAAAAGAUAACGUACUUCUCUCCUUGCUAAUAGGUUUCAACCCAAAGGUAGCUUCCCAGAAUGUGCUUUAACCAUGCUGCGGAUACCUGAAUCGUGCUCGGCUUUGAUGCUUGAUGAAUAUAUUUGGCAAACUUACAUGUAACGGUCUGUCCUUGCGACUGAAUAGCGAGCCCGUGAGAGAGAGACCGUGUAAUACGUUGUCAUAUCAGAAUCGUCGUGUAACUCCAUCACAUUUCCUUUUGCUUUUUAGAUCGAGACGAGGAUAGGAAUAUCCCACACAUUUGUGUCAAUUGAGCGUGACGAAUAUCACAAAUUAUAUGACUAUGUGACUGAGAAAAGACUGCGUGUGAAGAACAUUGACGACAAGGGCGCAAAUGCAAACGAGAACUUAGAGGACGUAUGGUCCUCCUCUGACGAGCCGCACGAUGCCUAUCUAGACAAGGUGAAGGCGGAGGGUCGUGUGCGGGCAGAAGCUGCAUCCGAUGGGACCUUUGCUGGCGCUGAUUUUGACGACGACGAUGAGGAAGACGAAGACUUUAACCCUCCUACCGACUCGGACGCGUCAGAAGUCGCAGAGGAGUAUGAUAGUAAUGCUGUGUCCUCGUCUGAUGACGAUGACAAUAGUCGUCAAUCCGACUCAGACCAGCCAGUGGAGAAAAAGCCGCGCAAGCCCGGAUCGCACGUAAGAUCCUCUUCCUCCCCAACUAAGAGGAAAACCAAGAAGGCCCCUAAAGACCCCAACGCUCCUACCCGACCGCAGUCGGCAUACAUCCUCUGGUUUAAUGAAAAUCGCGCAGACAUUAAACAGAGCCUAGGUGGUUCUGCCAGCGUCACAGAUGUGGCCAAGGCUGCCGGAGAGCGCUGGAAAACGCUGGAUCCCAGUGUAAAAGCCAAGUUCCAGGCACGGGCUGACGAGUUGAAGGCCAAGUACGAAGUCGAGAAAAAGGCGUAUGAAGCCAAGAUCGCGUCCGGAGAGAUCGAAGCGCCGGCGAAACGGUCGACGAAACCGACCACAAAGCCGUCUGUAAAGUCGUCAGCUGGCACCAGUUCCGCGGCCAGUGGGACUACUGCCUUCAAAAGUGCAGAGUACGUUUCUGAGUCGUCUUCUUCGUCCAGUGCCGUCGGCAGCGAAGAGAGUGCUGACAGUGGAAGCGAGGGUUCUGGUGGCUCGAGUGACUGA